AUGUUUCCCCCCGUCAACGUGCUCUUCGUGUGCCUGGGCAACAUUUGCCGGUCGACAAUGGCCGAGGGCAUCUUUCGGCACUUGGCGCAGCAGCCGGAGUACAAGGACAAGAUUGGCGAGAUUGACUCCUGCGGGACGGCGGCGUAUCAUGCCGGAGAUCCGCCUGAUUCGCGAACGAUGGAGACGCUCGAGAAGCAUGACAUUUUCGACUACGACCAUGAUGCGCGACGGAUCACCAGAAGCGACUUUGAAAAGUUCGACUACAUCUUCGCCAUGGACCUCUCCAACCUGUCCGACCUCGAGCGCCUCAAGCGCGAGAACAAGGACUCCAAGGCAAAGGUGAUGCUGUUUGGCGAAUACAGCGGCACCAAGAAGCCGGAGGUGGUGGCCGACCCCUAUUACGGCGGCCAGGACGGCUUCGACAAGGCGUUUGAGCAGUGCUCUCGCUUUGCCAAGAACUUUUUGCAAGAGCUGGUCAACGAACAGGGGCCGGCCAAGAAAGAUGAGUAA